AUGGCCUUGAGGAACCACAGUACCAUCACUGAGUUCAUACUCCUUGGGCUGGAUGCAGCCCCCCACGUCCAGGCUCUGCUUUUUGUGUUUGUCUUGGUGAUUUACCUCCUGACGCUGAUGGGGAACCUGAUGCUGCUGCUGGUGAUCAGGGCUGAUUCCCACCUCCACAUCCCCAUGUACUUCUUCCUGAGUCACCUCUCUUUCAUUGAUCUUUGCUUCUCUUCUGUCACUGUGCCCAAGAUGCUAGAGAACUUACUGUCUCAGAGAAAAACCAUAUCAGUAAGGGGCUGUCUGGCUCAGGUCUUCUUUGUAUCUGUCACUGCAGGGACAGAAGCCUGUCUUCUCUCAGUGAUGUCAUAUGACCGCUAUGCUGCCAUCUGCCACCCUCUGCUCUAUGGACAGAUCAUGAGUAAACAGCUGUUUAUGCAGCUUGUGUGGGGCUCCUGGGGACUAGGCUUUCUGGAUGCACUCAUUAAUAUCCUCCUAGCUAUGAACUUGGUGUUCUGUGAGGCCCAAAUCAUCCACCAUUUCAGCUGUGAGAUGCCGUCUAUCCUCCCUCUGUCCUGCUCUGAUGUCUCCAGGAACAUCAUUGCCUUGCUCUGUUCCACUCUCCUGCAUGGUCUGGGAACUUUCCUCCUGGUCCUCUUAUCCUAUGUACACAUUAUUUCCACCAUCUUGAGCAUCAGCUCCACCUCAGGCAGAAGCAAGGCCUUCUCUACCUGCUCCUCCCACCUCUCUGCAGUGACACUUUACUAUGGCUCUGGUUUGCUGCGUUAUCUUAUUCCAAACUCAGGUUCCCCAAUGGAGAUGAUCUUCUCUGUGCAGUAUACCAUGGUCACUCCCAUGCUGAAUCCCCUCAUCUACAGCCUGAAGAACAAGGAGGUGAAGGCAGCUAUCAGAAGAAUUUUGGAGAAGUAUUUUCAACAUAUCGGGUACUGA